AUCCAACCCCCCCUUGAAAUGGAAGGUGAAAGUUCACAGGAAGCUGGGGGGCUGCCAUUUUUCUCCAAUUUUUUUUUUGAGUGCAAAGAAGCGGGGGUUGGUGUCAGACUGUAAUUGAAUUUGUAUUUUUUAUUAUUUUUUUUUGCGAGGACUCUGCACGAAUGCCAUGGAGCGCAUUUCGGAGCAGCCGUGGAAUUCCUCGUACACCUACCAGGUGAGUAAACACAGCGACGAGAUGCUUCACAACCUCAACGACCAGAGGAAAAAUGGAGGAAGGUUUUGUGAUGUGAUCCUGCGGGUCGGGGAAGACAGCUUCCCGGCUCACAAAGCCGUGCUGGCGGCCUGCAGCCAGUACUUCGAGUCGGUGUUCAGCUGUCAGGCGGAAGGGGGCGGCGAGACCAAAGAGCUGGAGAUGCACACGAUCAGCGCCAAAGUUUUUAAGGACAUUUUAGACUUCGCGUACACUUCGAAGAUUGUCGUCAGACUCGAGUGCUUCCCGGAGCUAAUGACAGCCGCCAAGUUUCUUCUGAUGAGGUCCGUGAUUCGGAUAUGCCAGGAGGUCAUCAAGCAAUCCAAUGUGCAGAUUCUGGUCCCGCCGGCUAGGGGUGAUCCCGAUCUGGGGUUUCCAUUGGACAUGUCAAAUGGGUCCGUGUUCGGGACCAAUGGACAGGCGCACGACGGCGACGUCAACACCCAAGCGAGCGGCGGGCUUUCCUUGACAGACAGUAGCCCAUCUGCGAUACCCCCGGGUCUGCAGGGGGCUGAACGGAUUCCCGUGACGUCCCCGCAGCUGCUUGUGGCGAAUCCGUUUCAAAACGCGGCGAGCGGCGCCGCUCCGGUUGGAGCGGGAGGGAAGCGGGGCAGAGGGCGACCCAAGAAGAUCCCGGCGGUGGAUCCCAUGCUGUUCGGCGGCCCAACCGUUUCAAAAGAGCAGGGGGUCUUCCCCUGCGGGCUCUGCGGAAAGCUGUUCACCGACGGCGUUCGGCUCAGGAACCACGAAGCCCAGCACGGCGCUCCCAGCAUCAGUCUCCACAGCAUGGGCAUCUCCGCCACGCAGCAACCGCGGCCGGGAGAAAACGGGGUUCCGAUCCACAUCGGGGUCGCAGACGGCACUCGGAAGCGGGAGAGGACCCGGAGGCACGUCGGGUGCGACAUUUGCGGGAAGGUGUUUCGGGACGUCUAUCACCUGAACCGGCACAAGCUCUCCCACUCCGGGGAGAAGCCCUACGCCUGUCCGGUUUGCGGGCUGCGUUUUAAGAGGAAGGACCGGAUGUCUUACCACGUUCGGUCUCACGACGGCUCGGUCGGGAAACCCUACGUGUGUCAGACCUGCGGCAAGGGAUUCUCCAGGCCGGACCACCUAAACGGACACAUCAAGCAGGUGCACACCUCGGAGAGACCCCACAAGUGUCAGGUUGAAGAGGUGAAAGGCCAUGGCAGUAAUGACUAUAACGCUUUUUGUGUUAAUCUCUUGAAGACCUGCAAUGCCUCCUUCGCCACGAGGGACAGGCUGCGCUCCCACCUGGCGUGCCACGAGGAUAAAAUCCCGUGCCAGGUGUGUGGCAAGUUCCUGCGGGCCGCCUACAUGACGGACCACCUAAAGAAGCACAGCGAGGGUCCGCACAACUACUGCAACAUCUGCAACAAAGGUUUCUCCACUGCUUCCUACCUAAAGGUCCAUGUUAAAAGCCACCACGGUGCCGCCCUCCCCGGCAGCCCCCACUUUACUGAGCAGAGGGAUGAGCCCCAGAACGGGGGCGCGGCCUUCCACAUGGGCAGGACUUGUGCUGUCGAAGACUUUUGUGCCAGUCGGAGGCUGCUGGUCAGUUUCCCUGAAGCAGAGGUGCGUUUCCGAGGGCUGCCUGCCCCGGACCCGCCCACGCUGCCCUUCUGCCCUCCUCCCAUUGGCUUCCAGCCCGAGGUGUUGCUGGGGAAACCUGGCGCUCAGUAUUUUUGGGAGUGCCGGGCGGCCGGCCUGCCUGGGCGUCACGCAGACGGACAAGAGGACCUCCAGAAAUGCCCCCACCAAGACCCGCAGGACAGCUCGGACAACUCCUUCGGGGAGCUGUCUGACGGGAGCGAUCUCAAGUCUCACCACAAGGUGGAGGAAGAGAGCCUCUCGUUCCAGUGCGAGGCGGGAGGAGGGGGCGAGUCCGAGGGCGACGGCAAAUUGAAAAACGAGACGGAAAAAAAGCACACCUGCCCGGACUGCGGCAGCAGCUUCCGCUCCAGGUCCCACUUGAACAAGCACGUGCAGAAGGCUCACUGCCCCCAGAAGGGCAUGCAAGCGCUGGGGGAACUGGCCCCCUUCUCCCCGCAACAGAACAUGUCCCUCCUUGAGUCUUUCGGCUUCCAGAUCGUCCAGUCCGCUUUCGCCUCCUCGCUGACUGAUCCUGAGGCCGGGCACAGCGGGAUGAACAUGGGGGGCAAGUGACUCCCCGAGAUUGACCCCCCCCCGUUUCAGUGAGCUGAACUGAGAGGGGGGCCUCGGUACCACCGGCACCAUUUAACUGUGCUGAUCCUGCAGGUGUUUCCAGCGAGAGGAGAGGUCCGUGCAGAACUGGCUAGAAGAGUUCAAGGGAGGCUGUGUUUAGAUCAUUUAAAACAGCCCCCUUUGAGAUGCAGAGAGAGAAGAGAGAGAUGUGUGGGAUGGCAAUGAGCUCCCAAGAGUUUCCCAGUAACCCGUCACGGGGCAACUUGGUUUUAUGUUAUAUAUAUAUAUAUAUAUAUAAUAUA